AUGACAAAAUGCGUAUCGACGACGUUCCUUUAUCUUGACUUUGAACAAUCCACCUUGCUGAACUCGAAUAUGGAACCACAGCAGCGAACUAGUGCGAUCGCUUUAGCUGGCAACAACAACAACACCCAUCUUGGUACAGGAAACGACACCGAUUCGUUUGAAAUGAACGGCAACCCAUUGAAUAAACCUAGCAACAACAACCCUGCAACCACCUCUUCCAGCGACUUACGGCAGUCUGAAGACCAUCCACACGAUAUGCAGACAUUCUGGUUCUCUGAACAAGGCAGCAUGACAUAUAAGGAACGAGCACGGCGGAUACUUGAGCAAUUACUGGAUCGUAGACGACUAUGGCAACUAAUCAAGGAUUGGCGGUGGGCCAUAUGCUUGUUUCUCAUCUCAUGGAUAAUGGGCAUGAUCAUGUACUCUUAUCGACACGAACUAUACACCGCUCUUGAGGAUCUCAGUAAUCUGUUACGUGAUAUGGGAUUUGGUGGCUAUCUGCUAUUGUCAUUACUCAUCUUCCUGAGCGCUUUCCCUCCAAUGAUUGGCUACGGCACCUAUCAGACCUUAUCAGGAUUUACAUUUGGCUUUGCUCAAGGAUUCCCGGUAUCAUACUUUAGUGCAUUGCUGGGCAGUGUCGUUUGCUUUGUGGUGUCUCGAUUAUGGCUCAAAGGUUUUGUUCAACGAUUGAUGGCUCGAUAUCCCAACUUGAAAGCCGUGGUGCAUGCUGUCGAAAAGAAAGGAUUCAAGCUCUUUUUGCUCAUCAGAUUAUCCCCGUAUCCAUUCAAUCUCUUGAAUGUCUUGUUCGCCGCCACCAACAUUUCGCUUUGGGACUACACCAUCGGCACCGCUCUUACACUUACCAAGAUUGCUCUUCAUGUUUACAUUGGCGCCAAUUUGACAUCCUUUGCAAAGCAAUUCCUCGACGAUGAAGAUGACAGCGAAAUGUCUGAUAGCGAGAAGCGUGCCAAUACCGCUCGAUCAAUUGCAAUGAUUAUUGGUUCUGUACUUGCUACUGGUGUCAUGAUCUAUAUUUACAUUGUCGCUAAGCGUGCUGUCAAGGAAGUUGAACAAGAGGAACGACAAGAUGAUCAAGAGUCAUUGGCGUUUUUGAGUCGACAAGCACAAGAAGAUGAUGAUGGUGCAUCUUUGGAAGAUUGGAUGGAAUGGCAUGAAGAUGAUGAUAAUAGCGUAGAAAUGGAUGCAAGGUCUAGAGAUGUAGAAAGAGGUCGUCAAUGA